AAGAUUUUAAAAAACAGCUCCACUCGAAAUUCCCUGUUUUUUUUUUCCAGAUCUUCUCUCAUGGAAGAAUCGCAAUUCCCUAACUCUUAUCUCCAACACUCCAAAUUCCUAACCCCAAAUUCUUGGCCUCGCAGUUUCUAUAACUACGAAGAAGAUCCCAAAAAUACUAUGAAUUCUGAAUCUGAGAAUGAACAUGAAGAAGAUGAAUUAGAUUACACACUCUGCCUUUCUGGUUCAAGAUUGAUUAAAUCUGGUUUUAUUACCUCCAAUUUCACAGACAAUGCUGUAAUGUUUGUAAAUGCGGGAGGUGGAACUGUAGAGAAAAAGGGAACGUGCACAAUCGAUGUUUGUGGAGAUAGCUUUUUCCAUGGAGGGGAUGUCUUAAGAACCAAUGAAAGCAUCAAUGAUGGCGGUGAUAUGCCAUCCAUUUAUCAAUCAGCUCGUUUUGGAAACUUCACUUACAGAUUCAAUGAUUUUGCCCUGGGGGACUAUUUGGUUGAUCUUCAUUUUUCAGAAAUUGUAAACACCAAUGGUCCUAAAGGAAUGAGAGUUUUUGAUGUCUUCAUUCAAGAAGACAAGGUAUUGUCUGAACUUGAUAUAUACUCUAUUGUUGGUGCAAACAAGCCGUUGCAAGUGGUAGAUAUUAGAGUUUCCGUGGAGGACGACAGGGCAAUUGUUAUAAGGUUUGAAAGUGUUUGUGGAAGUCCAAUAGUUAAUGCGAUUUGCAUAAAACGGGCAAUGAAAUCACAUGAAUCUCAAGUAAAAUGCGAUUAUUUUGUGUGCAACAAUUGUGCUGCUGAAAUGGAAAUAUCGUCACCUCAGAAGAAACAUAUGGGGAUGAAAUCUACAGAAAAGUAUGAAAAGAAGAUCGAAGAACUGAAGAAUCUGUGCCAACUCAAGGCAGAUGAAUGCUAUGAAGCUUGGAUGUCAUUAACAUCUACAAAUGAGCAACUAGAGAAGGUCAGGAUGGAACUUGACAACAAGUUCUUCCAAAAUAUGUAUUUAGAUCAAGCCUUGAAAAAAGAAGCUGCAAAGUUGAAGGAUGUUUCUAGUAAAUAUGACUGUGAUAAGAGAUUUUGGAUUGCUUCAAUCAUUGAGUUGGAGAGAAAAAUAAAGAUCAUGAAGCGAGAGCAUUCUCAACUCUCUAAUAAGGCUCAUGACUGUACUGAUUCAAUUCCAGAAUUAAAUAAGAUGAUAUUUGCAGUUCAAGGAUUGGUGGCACAGUGCGAAGAUCUAAAACUGAAGUUCAAUGAGGAGCAGGCAAUGAGGAAAAAGCUGCAUAACCAGAUAGAGGAAGCAAAAGGAAACAUUAGAGUGUUCUGUAGGUGCCGUCCAUUAAAUAAGGAGGAGGCUUCAGUUGGGCAUGCAACGGUUGCAGAUUUUAGUGCAGCUAAGGAUGGUGAUAUAGGGAUACUUACAGGCAGCUCCACAAAGAAAAUUUUCAAAUUCCAUCAAGUUUAUACACCUAAGGAUGAUCAAGUUGAUGUGUUUGCAGAUGCUUCCCCCAUGGUAACUUCAGUGUUAGAUGGUUACAAUGUCUGUAUAUUUGCAUAUGGGCAGACUGGGACAGGGAAGACUUUUACCAUGGAAGGUACAGAGCAGAAUCGAGGAGUAAACUAUAGGACAUUAGAGCAGUUGUUUAAAAUUGUCGAAGAGCGGAAAGAAACUUCUACAUUCAGUAUAUUUGUUAGUGUGCUUGAAGUCUACAAUGAGCAAAUUAGAGACUUGCUUGCAACUGCACCAACAUCGAAAAGGCUGGAGAUAAGGCAAGCUUCAGAAGGAUUUCAUCAUGUUCCUGGGAUAGUGGAAGCCAAAGUCGAAAAUAUCCUGGAGGUUUGGAAUGUCCUGCAGGCUGGAAACAGUGCAAGAGCUGUAGGGUCAAACAAUGUGAACGAGCAUAGUAGCCGAUCUCAUUGCAUGCUCCGCAUAUUGGUUAGAGCAAAGAAUUUGAUUAGUGGUGAGUGCACCAAGAGCAAGCUAUGGCUUGUGGAUUUGGCUGGUAGUGAAAGGCUAGCAAAAACUGAGGUGCAAGGAGAACGGCUCAAGGAAGCCCAGAACAUUAACAGAUCACUUUCCGCUUUAGGAGAUGUGAUUUCUGCUUUGGCUAACAAAAGCAGCCACAUCCCAUAUAGGAAUUCCAAGCUCACACAUCUACUCCAAGAUUCCUUAGGGGGUGAUUCUAAAACCUUGAUGUUUGUACAAAUCAGCCCAUCGGAGCAGGACUUAGGUGAGACCCUAAGUUCUUUAAAUUUUGCAAGUCGGGUUCGAGGGGUGGAGCUGGGUCCAGUAAAGAAGCAGGUUGACACUGCUGAGCUUCAAAAGUUGAAACAGAUGCUUGAAAAAUCAAAGCAAGAACUGAGGUCAAAAGAUGAUGCUUUAAGAAAGUCAGAAGAGAACUUUCACAACUUAGAGGAUAAAGCCAAAGGUAGGGAUCAGCUUUGCGAAACCCAAGAAGAAAAGCUCAAUGAACUUGAAGACCAGCUUGCAUCCAAGGCAGAGUUAUGUAGACAACUAGAGAGGCAGGUGUUGCAACUUUCAGAAAGAAUGAUGGAGAAGGAAGAAAUUUGCUCAAAUUUUCAGCUAAAGGCUGAGGAGCUCGAUAACAAACUGAAAGAGCGUGAGCAGACAGCAUCCUCGACUCUACAGCGAAAGGUCAAGGAGCUUGAGGGCAUAUUGAAAGAGAGAACACGGGAGUUUGAGAUUCAUUCUGGGAUGCUACAGCAAAAGGUUAAAGAACUUGAAAGCAAGCUGAAAAUGGAAAGAGAAAGUGGAGGAUCACUAUUGCGUCAACAAAAGGCUAAUGAACUUGAACUAAAGUUAAGACAACACCAGGAAGGGACUAUGCGACUGGUAUAUUGUGCAGAGAAUUCACAAGGGACACCCAUCACGACACAAGCAUUGAGCAUAGAAACUGUAUCCGGCAUGGAUCCUCCAAGUCUAAGGAGCUUAAACUCUAAUAGCAGAAGAACAGUGACUGUGGGCUCUGACUUAUUGAAAGGAACUGAUUCCCUUAGAGAGUUAAGGAGAAAAAAGCAGAUACAGAGUAAAGGGAAUGAGAACAAUCUUUUACUAUCAUCAUCUUCUCUGCUUGACAAGAAGAUGUUAUUAACUGAAUCUAACAAGACGAGGAAAAUUGACCCAUCUAGAGCAUUAGAUAGGAUCACGAGGAGUACAAAAUCAGUCAAUGCUGUUGAAAAAGCCUUGUCCAUCAACAAAAUCAACCGAGAUCAGGGUAAAGGACUUAGAGAGAGCAGCAACAAGUUGAAAAUGUGGUUAAGAUAAUGGGGAAGUGGGAUGUAAUUUUAGCUGUGUUACCGUUAUCCUUUGUUCUUUUACUCUCAAGUGUGAUAUAGUACUAAUAACAAAUAUAUAGUCAACUACUGAAUUUACCUUAUUUUUAUCAUUUUUAGGUUGAUUUGAUCAAGCUAAUUU